GAGACUCAGGCCGGCCGCGCACCGCCCCCGGCCCUCCCCUCGGCUCGUCGCGGCGCUCAGAGCCCCCUCCCCAGCGCUCCCAGCCGCGGGGCCGCUCGCCCAGCUUCGCACCAAACUUUUCGGCCCUGGGCUCGGGAUCCUGGACUCUGGGCCCUCCUUGCCCGCCCCUUUCCCCGGUUCCACCUCGAGCCUCUCUUUGGACUAGGAGCGAGCAACCCCCUCCCCGUGUCCCUCCUCUCGCUCCAGUCUUUUUGGGGAGGGGCUCUCCACGUUCGGGGGAGUUGCCGAGGGUCACCAGCGCCUCUCUCGUCCUUCUAUUUCGCCUUCACCUGGAUAUAAUUUCCAAGCGGCGCUGUCCCCAGGAUGACCACACUGGCCGGAGCUGUGCCCAGGAUGAUGCGGCCGGGCCCGGGGCAGAACUACCCGCGCAGCGGGUUCCCGCUGGAAGUGUCCACCCCCCUCGGCCAGGGCCGGGUCAACCAACUUGGCGGUGUAUUUAUCAACGGCAGGCCACUACCCAACCACAUCCGUCACAAGAUCGUGGAGAUGGCCCACCACGGCAUCCGGCCCUGUGUCAUCUCCCGCCAGCUGCGUGUGUCCCACGGCUGCGUCUCUAAGAUCCUGUGCAGAUAUCAGGAGACGGGCUCCAUCCGUCCCGGCGCCAUCGGUGGCAGCAAGCCCAAGCAGGUGACAACGCCUGACGUGGAGAAGAAAAUUGAGGAAUACAAAAGAGAGAACCCAGGCAUGUUCAGCUGGGAAAUUCGAGACAAAUUACUCAAGGACGCGGUCUGUGACCGAAACACCGUACCCUCAGUCGUAAGCGCCCCCUUCCUCCUUCCGCCCCCAGUGAGUUCCAUCAGCCGCAUCCUGAGGAGUAAAUUCGGGAAAGGCGAGGAGGAGGAGGCCGACCUGGAAAGGAAGGAGGCGGAGGAGAGUGAGAAGAAGGCGAAACACAGCAUCGACGGCAUCCUGAGCGAACGAGCCUCGGCACCCCAAUCAGAUGAAGGCUCUGACAUCGACUCUGAACCAGAUUUACCGCUCAAGAGGAAACAGCGCAGGAGCCGAACCACUUUCACAGCAGAGCAGCUUGAAGAACUGGAACGGGCUUUUGAAAGAACUCACUAUCCUGAUAUUUACACUAGGGAGGAACUGGCCCAGAGGGCAAAGCUCACCGAGGCCCGAGUACAGGUCUGGUUUAGCAACCGCCGUGCAAGAUGGAGGAAGCAGGCUGGGGCCAAUCAACUGAUGGCUUUCAACCAUCUCAUUCCGGGGGGAUUCCCUCCCACGGCCAUGCCGACUCUGCCAACAUACCAGCUGUCCGAGACCUCUUACCAGCCCACAGCUAUUCCACAAGCCGUGUCAGAUCCCAGCAGCACGGUCCACAGACCUCAGCCGCUUCCUCCAAGCACUGUACACCAAAGCACUAUUCCUUCCACCCCGGACAGCAGCUCUGCCUACUGCCUCUCCAGCACCAGGCAUGGAUUUUCCAGCUAUACAGACAGCUUUGUGCCUCCGUCCGGGCCCUCCAACCCCAUGAACCCCGCCAUUGGCAAUGGCCUUUCACCUCAGGUAAUGGGACUCCUGACCAACCACGGUGGGGUACCCCAUCAGCCCCAGACCGACUAUGCGCUCUCGCCUCUCACUGGGGGCCUGGAACCUACCACGACGGUGUCGGCCAGCUGCAGUCAGAGACUAGACCAUAUGAAGAGCUUGGACAGUCUGCCAACCUCUCAAUCUUAUUGUCCACCCACCUAUAGCACCACGGGCUACAGUAUGGACCCUGUCACAGGCUACCAAUAUGGGCAGUAUGGACAAAGUGCCUUCCAUUAUCUCAAGCCAGAUAUCGCAUAAGUGAACUGUCCACUUGGAGCUUAAACUGGCCCUGUUUCCGGUCUCCACAGCCUAGACGUGAGGAAUCUUCUCAGAAAAAAAAAAAAUCACCCUCUUGGGGGGCAGUCUCGACAGGAGACAAAGGAGAAUGAUUCAUUUUCUUUCUCCAGUAGUUGGUUUCAAAUUCUUUUGAACGUGUUGGACAAAAGCAGUGGAGAAAAGGAAGAUCCGGAACAAUAAAAGACAAAUGCAACAUUUUAAGGCAAUGAUUUAACAUGGCUACAUAUCAAAUGUCCCAACUCUUUAGUGCUGAUGAUCAAGGAGCUAAAACAUUCCAUUUGUGUGCAUGUGCGUGUGCGUGUGCGUGUGUGUGUGUGUGUGUGAUUUAUCUUGACUGGUUUGGGCAGAAUGUUCUGAAAAUAUAGUCGGAGAAUAAAGUAUAACAAGUUUGAUGUCCAAUGCUGACACUUCUACAACCUGAAAACUGCUCGCUCCAUGAAGCAGGAACGGAGGAAUCCUUGACUUUUACACACUGGAAAUGGAUAUAAAAAUAAAUGCCACCAUUUUUAGGAAGUUAAGACUAGAUGUAAAGGACCUCCCAAAUAAAUUAUUUGUUAUCUUAUCCUCAUCUGUAAUUCAGUUGUCAAUACAUGUCCUGGAUGGACACGUCUUGCUAACAGGAUAUGGGGGAACCAGAAGAAAAGCUUGUUUUCUUUCUCAGUGUGGGAGAGGUGUGUGACAUCUGCCCAAUGUAGUUUCAUUUGGAAGCCAACCUGGGCGGGGGCAGGGCAUGGUGGAGAAGUGACGUGCAUUCCCACAGCUGCUUAUCAGUGUGCAAUACUGUGUACCUCAUGGAUGCCUUGGCAUUGGCCAGGGCCAUAGAAACAGAAUCAGAACUAUAUUUUUGCAGGUGCUUUAUUUUCGCAGCCCAUGAUUCAUUGUGGUAGAAUGCAGUGAUGUUUGCCAUUUGCUGGACAACCAAUACCCGGCUCGCUCCUUUUGAUUAGAGACCAUGUUUGAGAAUAAUGCUUUUAAAAUGACUUCGUUUACAUUCUUCUCUUUUCUAUGAAAGGCAGGGCAACACCAGAAAUGUCCAUGUGGCUGUCAUGUACUUUUAAAUUAUACAAUAAUACCUGAAAUUGAAAGAUGAUAGGAAACUGAGGUUUACAUACGUUUGUGUGGUGACAUUUUAAAAUGUCAAUAAAUUUGUUUUUUGAGAUGUUAAGAGGAACAGGAAGGUGGAAUGCAGUGUUAUUUAUUUCUUUCUAUUCUUGGAACCAUGAACGAGGUAGGCACAAGUACAUUCCUUUUAGAGUUAAGAACUAUGACGUAGUGAGUUAGUGAGACUAGACAUAGUACUGAGUUUAGUUCCUACGUUGGUCUUAGGGGUGGUGGAUCAAGAGAAGCGUUACCUUCGUGUUGCAGCCUCAGCCAACAACAAUGUGUUGUAAAAAUGUCUUUCCUGUAAAAAGUGCAGUAAAUAUUUACUAUUUAUAAUGAAUAAACAGUUAUGAAAACUUGCCCAACACUGCUUUUUUGGGGGAACUGGUGAACGCAGUAUUAAUAAAAACUUGGAAAU